GCCCAGGACCUUGUCUUUCUUUAUUUCCCUCUAUGUUGUAUUAAGAAUAUUACCCAGAAUAUCCCUUACCAGCAACCCUUUCAUCGUGAUACCCCUUGCUCUCUGUUGUCUCACCUUAUUCGCCAAAGUCGAAAGCUCCAGUCCUCAACUUAUCCAGUCGACUAAACUCAACCCCCCAUUCCCAGACCGCAGCACAUUCACCAUGAAAGUCCUCAUUACCGGUGCUGCUGGCUUCGUUGGCCAGCUCCUGGCCAGGACACUUCUCAACGAUGACGAGGGCAAAUAUGACCUCAUCCUAACCGACAUCAUCGAACCCCCCAUUCCCUCAGACGCCAAGUUCGCUAGCCAGGCCAAGGCCAUCAAGGCCGACCUCCUCACCGACUCGGCCAAGGUCGUCGCGAAGGACCUCGAUGCCGUCUUCAUCUUUCACGGGAUCAUGUCGUCAGGUUCUGAAGCCGAUUUUGAGCUGGGCAUGAAGGUCAACUUCGACUCCUCCCGCGCCCUCCUCGACAACCUCCGCACCACAUGCCCUGGCAUCCGGGUCGUCUACACCUCCAGCCAGGCCGUCUACGGCGGCGACGUACCCAAGCCCGUCGUCGAGACCACGCGCCCGACCCCGCAGAGCUCGUACGGCUGCGAGAAGCUCAUGAUCGAAUACCUCCUCAACGACUUCCACCGCCGGGGCUUCCUCGACGCCGUCAUCUGCCGCCUGCCCACCAUCUCCGUGCGGCCGGGGAAACCCACCGCCGCCGCCUCGUCCUUCCUGUCCGGCAUGAUCCGCGAGCCCAUGCAGGGCCUGCCCUGCGUCAUUCCCAUCCAGAACCGCUCGUGGGCGCACACCCUCUCCUCCCCGCGCGUUCUCGUCGGGAAUCUCAUCCACGCCCUCGGUCUGCGGAGGGAUGCCCUCCCCGAUUACGAUCGUGUCCUCAACUUGCCUGGGAUCCGCGUUACUGUGCAGGAUAUGAUGGACGCGCUUGCUCGGGUUGGCGGGCAGGACAAGCUGCAGUACCUCUCUGAGGAGGAGGAGGAGAAGACGAAGGCUAUUUUGUAUUCUUGGCCUGAUACCUUCGACAACACCAGGACGCUGGACUUGGGUUUCAAGAGGGAUGACUUUUUCGACGAUAUCGUCAUGGACUUUAAGGAUAGUUUGAAGGCGUAGAGUUAAUAUUUCUUGUAUGAUAUCCAGGUUCAAGGCGCUAGGAAUGACACGGUAAAAUGGUAUAUGGCACAUCAUGGACGCAGGGUCGAGUACGUGUGUUUUUGCUCAUACCCGCUGUUACAAUAUCUUACUGGACUCGAGCCUGGCUGUGUGGUCUCCGUGUCUUUGUUUGCGCGUAUUAUGACCGUUUGGCCACUGGCCGUCGUCAGGACUGCCAAGGCCUCGGACAUAGCACGUCCAGGUCAACUGAAUUGGAUAUAACAAGGUUCCAAAGAGAAGUAUCCCUUCCAUCUGGC